UUUGGCCACCACCAACAGAUUAGAGCUGUAAGUGAAAAUUUGGAAGAGUUCAAUAGUUCGAACAUCGGUCAUCCACGGAUGAAUUGGAACAUGGAUUUGAAACUCAUCACAAAAGGAGGAACGGUGCCUUACCAAGCAACGGGGCAAGUGUUAUUUGAAUCUGAGAUUCAUAAUCAAGAAAAUUCAUAUUUUUGUGCUGCCCGAAUGGAACUGGAACUGGUGUCUUGUGAAUCUGACCUAGAUCUGUUGCCAAGAGUUCCUGACACAGUCACAAGUACAACCAGAUCUAGCCUUGAGCAAACAUCAGACAAAGUUGGAUCUGCUAUUGACUUAAGAUCAGUCACAACUAAAUCUUCUCUUAACCUUACGUCAGACACAGAUGGAUCUGCCAUUAACCUAUCACCGGACACACCUGGAUCUGCCGGAACGCCUAACGUAACUGGAUCUGCUAUUCACAUAAGAUCAGUCACAACAGGAUCUGCCACUGACCUUACGUCAGACACAGAUGGAUCUGCUAUUGACCUUACGUCAGACACAGAUGGAUCUACCACUGACCUAACUCUGUGUAUGCGUGGGUCUCAUCUAUCAGUGUUUUCGUCCCAAUACAAAAAUGCAGGAACACUUCCAAAUCCCAACAAAGAUUCCAACGGUAGGCCGCAGUGUCGGAAAAGACAAUAGAUAAUUGUGACCCCUUUGUCUGGUUGUCCAACUUCUCGAGGAAUGACGACACUUCGUAGAGAGACACGAGCAAGGC